GUCACAAGCGUUAGUCUCACAGCCCGGGCUGCAGCGCAGUCGGCUAGUGAAACCCGUGAGAGGGAAGGGGCGAGUCACGACUGGGGGGCCCGGGGAAACUGGGAGCGCCCCAAAGCUGGGACAUGGGGCUCAGCCCCUCCCCCCCGGCAACGGUAGAACGGAAAGGCCUGCUGUAGCUGUAGCCUGCGGUCCGGUCCGAAGUGGCGGCGUUCUCGAAGCGGCGGCCUAAGGGCCCGUGUGAGGAGGAGCGGAGCUCGCCGCGGACUCGUGUGUGGGCUCACGAGAGUCCCCCGUCCGUCCCGUGCUGCUGUGGGGCUCCCGCCCAGGGGCAGACACGCUGCCUGACAGAAACGCAUACUAAUUGUCUCGCCUGACGCCCGUCAUCGGAAAGCUCAGACUCACCUGGCCGGGCGAUUGUGUUUACCUCACGCCCCCUGCGCCGCGCGGCCUCCAAACGCGGCUAACGCCCCUCGGGCCUCACCUCUCCUACGCUGAGGCCAUAGUAUUGAACCUCCAGGCAGUUCACCGGCUUUUCGGUAGCUGGUCGGAAACACGACUGUCUGUUUUUCAGCUGUUGAUGUUGACGAGGCCUCCUUAGCUUGGUAAAAAUGGCUGGAUCCAAAGACGCUGUCCCUUCCCUGUUGGAAUGCCAGUGCCAGAUCUGUGUGGAAAUCCUCAUCGAGCCCGUGACCCUCCCUUGUAACCACACGCUGUGUCAUUCAUGCUUCCAGUCGACUGUGGAGAAGGCCAGUUUAUGCUGUCCCUUCUGUCGCCGCCGGGUCUCUUCGUGGACGCGGUACCAUGCCCGAAGAAAUUCUCUAAUCAAUGUGGAACUCUGGGAGACGAUUCAAAAACACUAUCCGGAGGAGUGCAAACGUAGGAUCUCUGGGCAAGAAUCAGAGGAAAUCGUUGACAGCUAUCAGCCAAUUCGUCUAUUAAGUAAACCUGGGGAACUGAGGAAAGAAUAUGAAGAGGAAAUAAGCAAGGUGGAGGCAGAACGACGAGCCACUGAGGAAGAAGAAAAUAAAGCCAGUGAAGAGUACAUACAGAGACUGCUGGCAGAGGAAGAAGAGGAAGAAAAAAGACAGGCAGAAAAAAGACGAAAUGAGAUGGAAGAGCAACUUAAAAGUGAUGAAGAACUGGCAAGAAAGCUAAGCAUUAAUAUAAACAAUUUUGAUGAGGCUUCUCCCCUGAAUGCCAGAAAAUCUGAUCCAGUUACAGCCAAGUCACAAAAGAAAAAUAAAAACAAACAAAAAAAUGCUGGAGAUAUUCAGAAGUAUUUGUCACCUAAGUCUCAAUUUCAUUCAGCAUCACAGCCUGAGAUUGUCGAAGAAGAUAGGAAAAACUCCGUAUCUAAGGAAGUUGACAGUAGUGAUGUCAAAAGUCCUACAUGGCCAGACACUAGAGCCAAAGAAGAUAUGCCAACACUUUCUCCACAGAUAUGCCUUGAAACUCAGGAGCAAGGUGCAGUGUCCUCAAUAGAGUCACCUUUGCUACAGUUACGUACCUGUGAUGCGGAGCAGUGCUUUGAAGGAAGAGUCAUAACGAGAUCAAGUAAUCGUGACAAAGAACUUCGUGUCAGAAGUCUUGAAGGACGUAAAACCUAUUCUAAAGAAGCUACAUUUACACCUUGUGGCAUCACAGAGAAUGGGUGCAGUAUGUCAGGUAGGAUGCAGAAGACUGGAGACAGCACAGAUUCCGCAGAAAAUAAAGAGGCCCACCUGUUGACCAGUAAUGAUAUUUCCAAAAGGAAAAACGAGUCCUCAUUUGAAGCAGUUGGGGAUUUAUGCUUUUCUUCAAAAAGAAGAAAAAUGUUCCCCAAAUCUUCCUCAGAUCUAGAGGAAACAGAAAAAAAUUUUACACAAAAACUGAUAGAUAUGGAGCAUAUACUUUUUGAGAGACAUAAACAAGAAGAGCAGGACAGGUUAUUAGCAUUGCAACUUCAGAAGGAAGUGGAUAAAGAACAAAUGAUGCCAAACCGGCAAAAAGGAUCUCCAGAUGGGUAUCAGUUACGUGCUAUAUCCUCACCUCCAGAAAAACUGCUUGAUGGACAGAGGAGAUAUUCCAAAGAUAAGAACUGCAAGAAACAAACUGAUUCAGAGUGUUCAAAACGGGGGAAAAGCUCAAGAGACGAAAAUCAGCAGCCUUCUUCUAAAAGCCAGUUGAAAUAUUCAGCCAAUGGAAAAAAGAUGCCAAAUUCUGCCAGAGAUAAUUGUAAUGUAAAUAAAAGUACUCAUUCCCUUCAGCCUAGUAAUUCACAGAAAAGUAUUUUUCAAAUGUUUCAGAGAUACAAGCAGUAAUGCAAGGGUAAAAGGGAGUAUUUUGUAACCUAACAGCUGGGUUAUGAAGCUGUCUUUUCUAUUAAAGAAUCCUCACAAGUUUGUUGUAAAUUUCUGCUCCGUAGUCAUAGUUGUUAUUUCUGCUCUGUAGUCAUAGUUGUUAUCAUUAAGGAUUGUCAUUACAAGGGAAGAAUGUAUAAAUGUGUUUCUGUAAAACUCAGUAGUUAACAGGUGCCUCUAUCUUUUCCAUUGUUAGUAACUGUGUUGAGUACUGAAUUUGCCAUCCUUAUGGACAUAAAAUGCCUUAGUCAAAGUCCAAGAACUCUUGAAAAGCUGUUCUCAAGAUUUCAUGUUUUAUAGCAGCCUCUCACCUUUUAUCAUGAACCGUGAUCAAAGCAAAUUAUACUAGACCAAGUAGUUAAGAAAUCUACAUAGAGUUUAAAAGCCUAGGAAAUACUUGAAACGUACAACAUUAAUUUUCCAUCUCAGUGUAAAUUUUAAGCAUUCUAUUGUUUCCUUUGAGUUAAAAUGGUUUAUGGGAUCAAUAUUAAAUCAGUUUUCUGGAAAAUUGGAAUUCAUUUACAGAAAAGAAACCAAAUUAUUUAUGGAAAGGACAGUUUGAAUUGGGAAGGAGCUAGAUGGGGUGGCUUGCAGUUGGAACCAAACAAGGGUAUUAGGGAGUAGGUCUAGAAUGAAGAGCAGGUUCCUUUUGGCAGAACAUUCUUUGCUAAAUGACAGAAAAUAUUUUUGGUUUUACAGCUUUUUGAUACCAUAGUAUCUAAUAUAAAAAAGC